UUUAGGGUUUCAAUCUUAUUAUUAAUCCACACCCAAUUUAGGGUUUCACACACCGUUAGUUGUAGUAGUUAGGGUUUACAGUUCCCUCUCUCUCUCUCUCUCUCUCCACCACUUGAAUAGAAGAGGUUAAAGCGACGGCCGCCACCGCUGUCCGCCUUGUUUCAGCACCUCCACCGCUGUCUUGGCCCUCGGUUUUGUAAACCUCCAUCUCUUCCGUUCAUAUCUAGUCUAUACUUUCUCAAAAAACAACAAUGGGCAAGGUUUCAAAGGCUGAUAAGAAGAUCGCUUACGACCACAAGCUCUGCCAGCUUCUCGAUGACUACACUCAAGUGCUUGUUGCCGCUGCCGAUAAUGUUGGUUCCAACCAGCUCCAGAACAUUCGUCAAGGGUUGAGGGGUGAUUCCAUUAUUCUGAUGGGGAAAAAUACUAUGAUGAAGAGGUCUAUUAGGAUGCACUCUGAGAAGACUGGGAAUACGGCCUAUUUGAACUUGAUUCCGCUGCUUGUUGGAAAUGUUGGUCUGAUCUUCACCAAGGGUGACUUGAAGGAAGUCCGUGAGGAAGUUGCUAAGUACAAGGUUGGAGCUCCGGCUCGUGUUGGUCUAGUUGCCCCAGUUGAUGUGGUUGUCCCCCCUGGCAACACCGGUCUCGAUCCAUCACAGACCUCUUUCUUCCAGGUUCUUAACAUUCCCACCAAGAUUAACAAGGGUACUGUCGAAAUUAUCACCCCUGUGGAGCUCAUCAAGAAGGGUGACAAAGUGGGUUCAUCCGAGGCUGCUCUUCUUGCCAAACUUGGCAUCAGGCCAUUCUCAUACGGUUUGGUUGUUCAAACCGUGUACGACAAUGGUUCUGUCUUCAGCCCCGAGGUGCUUGACCUGACCGAAGAUGACCUCAUUGAGAAGUUUGCUUUGGGUGUGUCCAUGGUCACUUCCUUGGCACUUGCUAUCCACUACCCAACUAUCGCAGCCGCACCUCACAUGUUGAUCAACGGUUACAAGAAUCUGUUGGCUGUUGCUGUUGAGACCGAGUACUCUUUCCCAUUGGCUGACAAAGUGAAGGAGUACCUCGCUGAUCCAAGUAAGUUUGCUGUGGCUGCACCGGUUGCUGAAGCUGCUCCAGCUGCCGCUGCUGCACCUGCGGAGACGAAGAAGGAAGAGCCAAAAGAGGAAUCUGAUGAUGAGGACUUUGGUAUCAGUUUGUUUGAUUAAACGAUUUAUGGGAUCUUUUUAUCGCCUUCAGACAUUGUUUUUGGUGUUCUUUUGAGAAGUUUGGUUGUUUUUGGUUUGUUUUGGAACAAUACUUGGUCUUGUUUGGAUAUGGAUAUUUACUUUUGAGAAGCUAAGUUGGUGUUUUGUUAA